UGUACAACUUCUCUCUCUACCGUUCUCCCCUCUAUGGGUCGGCCUACAUCUGUCCUCCAUACCGUCUCUCCCUCUACUGUCACUCAUUUCACUCCUCAGCCCACCCCUAUCGCCCUUACCGUCCCCCCUCAGGUGACCCCCCGGUUUCCAGCUCCACCCCGUAUACCGCCUCUUUCGAGUCCGGCGAGGCCCCAUCCUACUCCUGUUCCUUUUCCUGCUCUGCCCUCCUCGAGUCUCGCCAUGCCGCCUGUAUACACCGCCCGCGCUAGCCCUUAUGUGUGCCCCAUGCAGCAAUUACCAACCUCUAUUCAGCGCUUGCUGCAAGAAGACCUGAGACCUGAACCCCCAACUUCGGCCCGGGUCAAUGGCUUCGACAGCCAUUUUCAUUUGGAUAGGAUGAUUGAUCACAUCGCCUCUAAAGGCGAUUAUUUCCCCCGAACUCCAUCUGUCGUAAAGCUUGUGGGCGGUGUCGUCAAUUUUUGUGACCCCCUGACUUUCAAGCGGGCCCUUAAGCUCCUGCCGCUACUCUCACAUUACCACGUGGCUGUGGGCGUACACCCUAAGAAAGUACCGGACCUAAAUGAGAGUUCCUUUCAAAAAUUGGAAUGCCUACUUGCAUGCCCCCGCGUAGCCGCUAUAAGUGAGCUAGGGAUCGAUCAUACUGUCCCCUCGGCUGACCUCAUUCCUCCUCAAUGGAAUUUUGUUCGGCGGCUUCUCAGCCGCGGUUGUCGGAACCAGGUGCUGGUCCUUCACCUCCGGCCGGCAGGGAGGGAUCCGUGUGGACAUCAUCUGCACGGCCCCUUCCGGGACCUCUUGAGGCAGUUUUGUGGGGAACACCAGCACAUCCACUUACACAAUUUCUCCGGUGACCUCCCAGAGCUACAAGAGUGGAUGGCUGCCUUCAAGAAUGUCUAUGCCGGAGUUUCUGGGCUGGCACUGCAAUUCAAUCCGGCACAAGUGCACAUGAUUCGCAACAUUCCCUCGACCCGGCUCCUUCUAGAGACGGACUCGCCGUACCUGCCGGUCAUACCUGGCCUACCGAUCAAUACCCCCUACCUGCUAGAGGAUGUUGGUCGGUUGGUUUCCCGCAUUAGGGAUGAGGACUUCCGGGAGGUGAUGCGAGUCACGGCUCAUAAUGCCCAAGUACUUUACUCUGGGUUUGCCGGCCUUACCGUAGCCUAAGAGGCUCAACUAUUGCUUUUGGUUUUUGUUUUAUAUCAGAUCAUGCUACGUUCAUGCCAAAUCAGGGUAUGUUCCUCUCAUGAGCGCCGUAUUCAUGGCCCUCUCAUAACAAUCCGUCUCAUUCACUAUGAUCUACCUGGGAGGACCCCUCAGAGUAUUUUAACUGUGAGCGCCGUAUUCAUGGCCCUCUCAUAACAAUCCGUCUCAUUCACUAUGAUCUACCUGGGAGGACCCCUCAGAGUAUUUUAACCAUCAUUUACUUAAGGGUGCCGUCCUUAUGGCCCCCGAAAGUUAUGAAGUAAAUUGUGCCCAGCAACAUUCACUUGGCAACUUUAACCGUGAUCAGCAGAUAACCACCUAACAGCUCGUAAUUUUGUGGUCUUAUAACGUUCGGGACAGUAGAAACCACUCUAGCUUAAUUUUGGAAUAGAUGAGGGUCCGUACUUCGAACACCGCUAAUAAUAGUGGGUUCUCAAAUAAUGUUAAAUAC